AGUGCGACCGGCGCUAGGACCCGCGGGGGCCUCCCAGGCCGCGGCGUCUCCCGCUCCCCCCCACCCUGCCCACCUCUCCCCGCCCAAGAUGAGGAAACGGAGGAACUUGCUCCAAGUUGUGCAGCCGGGGCCGCCUCGGGGUGCGCAGCUAGCGCGCAGGGACCCUCCUGGGGGCGGGGGCGGGGCGCGGCCCGGAGACGCCCUCUGAGCAGGUGAGCCCUCACUUUCUCCACACCUGACACCCCAGCCCAUCUCAGCCAGGAUGCCCACAAAGCGCUGGGCCCCAGGCACCCAAUGCAUCACCAAAUGUGAGCACACGCGUCCAAAGCCUGGAGAGCUGGCCUUCCACAAGGGUGAUGUGGUCACCAUCCUGGAGGCUUGUGAGAGCAAGAGCUGGUACCGAGCCAAGCACCAUGCCAGCGGGCAGGAGGGACUGCUGGCGGCUGGUGCGCUGCGGGAGCGCGAGGCCCUCUCAGCGGAUCCCAAACUCAGCCUCAUGCCGUGGUUCCACGGGAAGAUCUCGGGCCAGGAGGCAGUGCAGCUGUUGCAGCCACCAGAGGAUGGGCUGUUCUUGGUACGAGAGUCAGUGCGGCAUCCUGGGGACUACGUGUUGUGCGUGAGCUUCCACCGCGACGUCAUCCACUACCGCGUGCUGCACCGCGACGGCCACCUGACCAUAGACGAAGCAAUCUGCUUUUGCAACCUCAUGGAUAUGGUGGAGCAUUACAGCAAGGAAAAGGGGGCCAUUUGCACGAAGCUCAUGAAACCCAAGAGGAAGCAGGGCGCCAAAUCAGCAGAGGAGGAACUGGCCAAGGCUGGCUGGUUACUGAACCUGCAGUAUUUGACCUUGGGAGCACAGAUUGGAGAGGGGGAGUUUGGAGCGGUCCUGCAGGGCGAGUACCUGGGCCAGAAGGUGGCCGUCAAGAACAUCAAGUGCGAUGUGACCGCCCAGGCCUUCCUGGAUGAGACAGCAGUCAUGACGAAGAUGCAGCAUAAGAACCUGGUGCGUCUUCUGGGCGUGAUCCUGCACCAGGGACUCUACAUUGUCAUGGAGCAUGUGAGCAAGGGCAACCUGGUGAACUUUCUACGAACUCGGGGCCGGGCCCUUGUGAACACCUCCCAGCUUCUGCAGUUUUCCCUGCAUGUAGCAGAGGGCAUGGAAUACCUGGAGAGCAAGAAGCUGGUGCACCGAGACCUCGCUGCCCGCAACAUCCUUAUUUCUGAGGACCUGGUGGCCAAGAUCAGUGACUUUGGCCUGGCCAAAGCUGAGCGGAAGGGGCUGGACUCCAGCCGACUGCCCGUCAAGUGGACGGCACCUGAGGCACUCAAACAUGGGAAAUUCUCCAGCAAGUCUGAUGUCUGGAGUUUCGGGGUGCUGCUGUGGGAGGUCUUCUCAUAUGGCCGGGCUCCAUACCCCAAGAUGUCGCUGAAGGAGGUGACAGAGGCUGUGGAGAAGGGGUACCGUAUGGAGCCCCCUGAGGGCUGCCCGGGCUCUGUCCACACCCUCAUGAACAGCUGCUGGGAGGCAGAGCCUGCUCGCCGGCCACCCUUUCGAAAACUGGCAGAGAAGCUGUCCCGGGAGCUGCGCAGCGUGGGCGCCACUGGCCAUGUCGAAGGGCAGGACGCUGAUGGCUCCACCUUGCCCCGUGGCCAAGAGCCUUGAACCUUCCCGGCGGGGCCAUGGGCCCCAGAGGACUGAGAGAGUAGGGGCUCAAGGUGGGACACGGGCCAGGCCUCAGAAGGGUCAGGGCCAGCAAGCUGCCCACCCGGCGCACGGUGCCCAAGCAGGCCCUUAUGGGGGCUCGUGGCAGCCCCUGGACACAGACCCAGGGAGGAUUGGUGCCUCGAUAAA